CCUUCGACCAAUGAGGCGGGGCGUCUCGUUACCUUGGAAGGUCGUCAAGCCGGUCUGCGCGCGCACAGUACAAGGACGAUAAUUCAGUCCCUAAGCUCGUGUGUUAUGGCUUUAAACACGAUAUAAAACCAUAAACCAUCUGCUUCCUGAAGCCAGACAACGACGAACCCGGGUUCUCGGAGAUCCUCCUGCAGGUGCAAGAGUGCACGUGUUUAUAAAGCAAAGCUUCUGCCUGUGGAAGAACCUGCAGCAUGUGUGAUGAAGCCAAGAGAGCAGAGCCCAGAGCCAACGGGAAGCAGUGCUCAUGGGCAUCAUACAUGACCAACUCACCAACUCUGAUCGUCAUGAUUGGCCUCCCUGCGCGAGGCAAGACCUACAUGUCAAAGAAGCUCACGCGUUAUCUCAACUGGAUUGGAGUUCCAACUAAAGUCUUUAAUCUGGGGGUCUACAGGAGAGAGGCAGUGAAAGCAUACAAGUCCUAUGACUUUUUUAGACAUGACAAUCAAGAGGCCAUGAAAAUAAGGAAGAAAUGUGCAUUGGUGGCGCUGCAAGAUGUGAAGGCUUAUCUGAACGAAGAAGGUGGACAAAUUGCAGUAUUCGAUGCUACAAAUACCACCCGAGAGAGGCGUGAUCUCAUCCUGAAUUUUGUGAAGGAGAAUGCGUAUAAGGUGUUUUUUGUGGAGUCCGUCUGUGAUGACCCCGAUGUUAUUGCUGCUAACAUUUUGGAAGUGAAGGUGUCGAGUCCAGAUUACCCAGAAAGUCACCGAGAACGAGUCAUGGAUGACUUCCUGAAACGUAUCGAGUGCUACAAAGUCACCUACCAACCACUGGAUCCUGAUGAUUAUGACAAAGAUCUGUCCUUCAUUAAAGUGAUGAACGUAGGCCGUCGUUUCCUGGUGAACCGCAUACAGGACUACAUCCAGAGCAAGAUUGUCUACUACCUCAUGAACAUCCGUGUGCACUCCCACUGUAUCUAUCUGUGCCGCCAUGGCGAGAGCGACCACAACACACAGGGUCGCAUCGGGGGCGAUGCAGAGCUCUCGUCCCGCGGCAAGCAGUUUGCGGCAGCUCUGCGCGCGUUUAUUGAGGAGCAUGGCUUGUCAGAUCUGAAGGUCUGGACCAGCCAGCUGAGGAGAUCCAUUCAGACUGCCGAGGCUCUGGGAGUGCCAUACGAACAGUGGAAGAUCCUGAAUGAGAUUGAUGCUGGUGUGUGUGAGGAGAUGACCUACGAGAUGAUUCAGAACUCAUUCCCGGAAGAGUUUGCACUCCGAGACCAGGACAAGUACCAUUACAGAUACCCAGGAGGAGAGUCGUAUCAGGAUCUGGUCCAGCGUCUGGAGCCGGUGAUUAUGGAGCUGGAAAGACAGGGAAAUGUUCUGGUCAUUUGCCACCAAGCGGUCAUGAGAUGUCUUUUGGCUUAUUUUCUGGACAAGAAUGCAGACGAUCUCCCUUACUUAAAGUGUCCUCUCCACACUGUUCUGAAGCUCACCCCUGUUGCUUAUGGUUGCAAAGUGGAAAUGUUUUAUCUGAAUGUGGAGGCUGUGAACACGCACCGAGACAGACCACUAGGGCAAGCUCGGAGGACUCCGGCCCCCCUUCUGCUCCGGCGGAAUAGUUACACCCCUCUGUCCAGUCUCGACCAGGUCAAACGGCCGCGUCUGUACAGCGCAGGAAACAGGCCCUGGCUGCCCCUCGCUCCCUCCCCCUCAGCCCUGCACUUCCCUGACACUCCUGAAGGGGCGCUGCUGCACAGCCAACUUCGAGUAUCAGGCAGUUUUCUGAAUCCUUGUGUGAAGGAAUCGUCUUUGAAAGCGCAGAAGACGCCGCUGACUGUUUCCGCUUCUGAGUAGCCCUGAAGUCUCGGAGUGGCUUCGACUUAACGCACAGCAUCAAUCUAGCACUAUGUAUAAAGCACUAUAUAAAUCCUGCUUUACUGGUGACUGCACUACAUUCACCCCACAUUUACCCCACUACAUGCGUUCAGGAGCGCCAGAUAUUUGCAUGUGCAUUUUAAAACGUUGCACAUUUUGAAGCCAAGCUUUAAUGCCCCUUAGUUAGUUAGCAUGUGUGGGAGCUUGCAGUCUGAGAUUUCCAUCCAGAAUGUAAUGAUUUAGACAUGAACAAGAGGUCAAAGGCCAUGUGUGAUUAUUAAUGUUAAUGUUUUUGUCUUUUAAAUGUGCAGUAUUUUGUUCUUGGGGUUGUUCCUUUUCAUGUCCUUUAUUUAUUUAAUAUUUUAAUCUUUAAUUUCUUUCUGAAAGUGAAAUGAUAGAUUUUUAACCAAAUAUGUUCUGUAAUUAUAUAAUGAAAAAUGUUUCAAUAAGUCAUUUCUGGGUGAUUGCAUGAUUAGGGUGUUGUUUAGCCUUUAUAUCUUUUUAAAAAUGACAUUUUAUUAAUUUUUUUUUUUAUAGCAUUCUCAACAUGGAAUCAAAGAAAGGCGACAAUCUCGUUUUUACAAGGCUGCAUUUUACUCUUAAAUGAGUAACAGGGUUGAAUGUUUUAUUAUAGAAUUAGCAAAUGCAGCGUUCACGCUAAUGACAUGAGGACAUUAAAAAGAGUCUAAUGAUUUACUUCAAAUAUUUUUUACAAAUAUUGUAAAUUGGAUAACGGGUUGUAGGUUCAAAGUGACUUCCCGUGAUCUUCAGGAAAUUCCGAUGACGCGACUUUAUGCUGACUUUUGGAAUGUUCCAAAUAUUUCAUAGGGGCGAAUGGUGUGUGACUAGUGUACAUUUUUAUGACCUAUAGUGGAUGACCUAUGGAAAAAGGUGUUUCUUAGCUUUAUUAUAUUUCAAGGUAAGAAGUGCUGAAGUUAUUUAUGUGAAACACGCACAUCGAUCGUUGUGAAAGAUACUUUACCUGUGUCUUAAAAUGUCAUUUAUCUUUAAAAGAAAAAUGCAUCUAUGUAAGUGAAACAGCAGUGGGACAUAAAUGGCACCUCGAUCAUGAAAUCACCCGUCCAUGUGAUCCUGAUUAUUAUCUCAUGUCACUCAUGUAAUGCUAAAUCUUCCGGCUGUAUGGAACUUGUAUGGACUUGAACAGAUUUAUUUUAUAUAGUCCAAAUAACAAGAUACGCACAGAUGGUUAUCUAAAACCGGGUUAAUGUUCAAAUGUAUUUAUAUUUUUAGGAAAAUGUUUUGCGGUGUUUAUUAUGCUCUUGAGAUUUAGGAUGUUGUCGGGGGGUGAUAUCAGAUUAUAUUAUUAUUUAAGUCAUCUCAUUGCAGAAAUGAGCUCAAGAUGGGAAAUCAGCUCAGCCUUAUGGUCAUGUCCUUAUACUUCAUAUACAAAUAUAUACCUUUGUAGUAUAGACAGAUUCUUGUAAGUCUAUUUAUCAUUGCAUGUAUAAUUUUCCACAUAUUGCUGAAUGACUCUGAGCUUUUGCGCAAAAUAGGACAGUGUUCGGUGCCAAAAAAACAACAAAAAAAAAAACACGAGUCACAUUGAUCAUAUUCUAUCUUAUCAUGCAGGGUCGCAGUAUAAAAUCAACAAAUCUUGUAAUUUGUUGUUUAAAGAAAUGUCAGUGUAUGCUCUGUCCUCUCUGCCUUUCAGUUAUUUGCUUUAAUGUACAAUAAAAGGCUCGAGUCAGCAA